UUGUCGCAUCCUCCAGCCCUGCGUCGUGCCGCGCCGUGCCGGGCCGAGCUGUUGGUGGACGGGAGGUGGGGGGGGGGGAGUUGUUUGGGGAUGGUGGGCCGGGGUAUCGCGGCGUCUCUCGGCUCGGCUCCCCGGUGUCCUGCCAGCGCACGCUCCGCGUCCAGUUCGGAUUGUUUACCCGAGGAAUGAGAGAUAGCGGUCCCCGCCGUGGCAGCCGCUCCUUGGUGGUAAAUACGUGCCCUUCGCAGCAGCUGUCGGCAUCGCUGCAGUGCGAUGUGGUGUCUGCGCUUUCGUUGGUAAACAGAAGGCCUUUCGCUUUGCAGAGCUGUCACAUUCUGUAGGUAGAUUUCGGGGGGUUUCUUGUGAAAAGAUGUCUCAAACGACACAAUCCAUGUCCGGCUUAUGUUUGAGUUUUCCGUCAGGGGCUAAAUGCGUGUGAUCUCUGCGCGUGCAGCUCGUGUCUUCGCGAUGAGACCACGGCGCUAGCUUUAGCCCGCAGCACCUUGUCAUGUGGAACGACUGCACUAUUGUUAUUACUGCCCUGUCAUAUUAGCAGACGUGCCCCUGAAGAAAGUGAGUGGCCAUGGCCGAGCAGGACCUUUGUCCCCACCUGGACUCCAUAGGAGAGGUGACCAAAGAGGACCUCCUCCAGAAAUCCAAGGGAACGUGCCAGUCGUGUGGAGCAGGUGGCCCAAACCUGUGGGCCUGUCUGCAGAAUGACUGCCCAUAUGUUGGUUGUGGAGAGUCCUACUCAGAUCACAGCACUCUGCAUGCACAGGCUAAGAAGCACAACCUGACCGUGAACCUGACGACGUUCAGGAUCUGGUGUUAUGUGUGUGAGCGCGAGGUGUUUCUGGAGCACAGGCCUGCCCUGGUGGCUGUAGCUGCCGCUCCCCACCACUGUAAAGCCGCAGAGCAGGAAGCAACUCCUCAGCCAGUAGGUCACCCACUGAAAGCAGUACCAAUUGCUGUGGCAGAAGAAGAAGGGUCAGAGUCAGAGGAGGAUGAGCUUAAACCCAGAGGCCUGACAGGAAUGAAAAACAUCGGAAACUCUUGCUACAUGAAUGCAGCUCUACAAGCCCUGUCCAACUGUCCCCCUCUGACUCAGUUCUUCCUGGACUGCAGUGGAUUGGUCCGCACCGAUAAGAAGCCCGCUCUCUGUAAGAGCUACCAGAAACUCAUCUCAGAACUGUGGCAUAAAAAACGGCCCAGCUAUGUUGUCCCUACCAGUCUGUCUCAUGGCAUCAAACUAGUAAACCCCAUGUUUCGUGGUUACGCUCAGCAGGUAGGGGCAAACACCCAGCAGGACACUCAGGAGUUCCUGCGCUGUCUGAUGGACCAGUUACACGAGGAGCUGAAGGAGCCUCUGACAGAGUGCAGCAUGAGCGGGGAGGGAAGUGACGGGGAGGAGAGAAGGGAUGGCGACCGCUCCCCGUCUGAGGAUGAAUUCCUGUCCUGCGACUCUGGCUCCAGCAGUGACCGGGGGGAGGGAGGAGGCGCGGCUGACGGCGAGCUGCUCAUGCAGGAUGAGUGUGACGGGGUCAGGUCGCCGGCAUCGGGGAUGGUGGGUGUCGGUCCCGGCGGGCUGAUCUCGGAGAAGGAGAGGCUGAAGGAACGAAGGGUGUCUGGCUCAUCCCUCCGCGGAGGCUCGCAAGAGAUGGAUGAGGACGCUGAUGUGGACACAGCGGCCGAGGAGGAGGUUCCUGAGAGGAGAGUGGAAGAGGAGUUGACACCGACUCAAAAUACCGACGUCCAAAACCAAGAGAACAACCAGGCUUCUAAUACUGGCCAAGGGCAAGGCCAGAGCAGCAACACCUCAGAGCCAGACAAUGAGGCUUCGAUGACCCAGCCCCAGUCCACUCCCUGCAGUCCAGUGCGGACCCUUCAGGAGCUGCAUCCCAAACUGUCCUCCAGUCCGCCUCGCUCCAGCCCGCUUCGCUCUGCAGGACCUGCGUACUCGUUCAAGAAAGCUCAGAUGCUGCUCAGUGCCAGGAAGAAGAAACAGUCCCACUAUCGCAGUGUGAUCUCUGACAUCUUCGAUGGCUCUAUCCUCAGUCUGGUCCAGUGUUUGACCUGUGACAGGGUCUCUAAUACAGUGGAAACCUUCCAAGACUUGUCCCUCCCUAUCCCCGGUAAGGAGGACUUGGCCAAGCUGCACUCCUCCAUCCAUCAAAACCUUCCAGUCAAGACGGGCGUGUGUCCUGACACUUACGGCUCGCAGGGCUGGAUCUCCUACAUCAUGGACUCCAUACGGCGGUUCGUAGUCUCGUGUAUCCCCAGUUGGUUUUGGGGGCCCAUGGUAACGCUAGAGGACUGCCUUGCUGCCUUCUUUGCUGCAGAUGAACUCAAAGGGGACAACAUGUACAGCUGUGAGAGAUGUAAAAAGUUGAGAAAUGGUGUCAAAUAUUGCAAAGUACUUCGACUUCCAGAGAUUCUGUGCAUUCACUUGAAACGUUUCCGGCAUGAAGUCAUGUAUUCGUUCAAGAUUAGCAGCCACGUGUCCUUCCCAUUGGAGGACCUCGACAUGCGACCCUUCCUGGCUAAGGAGAGUCCAUCCCAAGUCACCACUUAUGAUCUGCUGUCAGUCAUUUGCCACCAUGGCACGGCAGGAAGCGGACACUACAUAGCCUACUGCCAGAAUGUGAUCAACGGCCAGUGGUAUGAGUUUGAUGAUCAGUAUGUCACGGAAGUCCAUGAGACGGUGGUGCAGAAUGCAGAGGCCUAUGUGUUGUUCUAUAGGAAAAGUAGUGAGGAGUCAGUGAGAGAGAGGCAGAAGGUUGUGGCUCUGGCCAAUAUGAAAGAGCCCAGCCUGCUACAGUUUUACAUCUCCAGAGAAUGGCUCAACAAGUUCAACACCUUCGCCGAACCAGGCCCCAUCAGCAACCACACAUUUCUUUGUCAUCACGGAGGGAUCCCCCCUAAUAAAUACCACUACAUAGAUGACCUGGUUGUGAUAGUUCCCCAGAAUGUUUGGGAGUACCUCUACAACAGUUUUGGAGGCGGCCCUGCAGUAAACCACCUGUAUAUGUGUGCCAUCUGCCAGGUGGAGAUUGAAGCUCUGGCUAAACGGAGAAAAAUGGAAAUAGACACCUUCAUCAAGCUGAACAAAGAGUUUCAGGCUGAAGAGGCUCCAACGGUGAUCCUUUGUAUCAGUAUGCAGUGGUUCAGAGAGUGGGAGAGCUUUGUGAAGGGCAAAGACAACGAGCCUCCUGGUCCCAUUGACAACAGUAAAAUUGGUGUCAUGAAAGGGGGACACAUACAGCUCAAGCAAGGUGCGGACUAUGGUCAGAUCUCAGAGGAGACAUGGCAGUACUUGUUGGGUAUUUAUGGUGGAGGCCCUGAGAUUGCAGUGAGACAGACAGUGGCCCCGGCUGACCCCGACAGCCUUCACGGAGAGAGGAAAAUCGAGGCAGAGACCAGAGCACUUUGAGAUAAAGAGGUCUUCUGAUUUCCACUCCUGCCCUCGCAAGAAGCUGAGGAAUUUGCACCCUGGUGAAGAAGCCUUGUUGUGAGCACUUUGUAAAUGUAGCAACAUAUUAUGCUGAAGCCGUGUCGCAGGAAGGUGAAACGGUACCUAAAUAUCUCGUAGUUUAUUUAUUGGAUAACUCUGAUCCUCAGUGUUAAGGUGUAAAAAUAAGACGUCGUGUCCCAUCUCUGGAGCUGUUUUUGGUAGCUAUGGUGUUUCAGUGGCUGCUGUAGGCACUAGGUGUCAUAUUCUGCCAAGCUGGCCGUGGCAGGCAGACAGCUGCCGGUGUCAUGAACCGGAAGGCUGAGGAGAUCAGAACCGCAGUGUGAUGUUUGUUUUUAUGAUUUUUUUUUUUUUUCUUCUUCUUUGGAAGCAACAACCAAGAGACAUUACUACGCUUUCUGUUGCUUGCCUGUUUACUAGUCAAAUAGCAACAAAUUCAGACAUCAAGUGAGAGAUAUUGCAUAAAUCAUGGUCUUGCACCUCCAACCUUAAAUACGCAUACACUGAGCUCUCAGGAAUGGAAGGCUUGUUGUUUUUUUUUUAAGCCAGUGAAAGGAUCAGAUAAAUUAACUAUUUAAAAAAAAAAAAAAAAAAAAAAAAAA